AUGCCCGGCCAUGUGAGGGGACUUCGGGACCCGCCCGGCCCUGUGAGGGCUCCGCAGGCUCGAUUCGGGUCCAUAACCAGGCGGAGCUCCCGGACACGAGAGGACUGCGAGCAUACAGGAUCCUCAGAGAGGUUAAGUUAUGGAGCUUCCUGUUUUGCAGAAUGUGCAGGACACAGUGCAUCAUACUUCCCCAAAAGAGCUAGAUACAGCUACAGGUAUUCAGCAGUCACCAACACAUUCCUGCAGGGAAAUAUUUACAAAGGCAGUGGCAUCUCUCUGGAGAGCACAGCAAUCAUUGAAGUAUUGGGGAAUUGCCAGAUGGUUUUGAAAGUUCAAGAUGUACAGAUUAAGAAAAAUUUUGCAUCCAGAGAAGAGUCUCUGAAAGAAAUGGACAGUCUAAGGGAAAUGCUAGAACAGCAUCCUCUUCAUUUUUCUUUCCAUGAUGGGAAAGUUCUGAAGCUCUGUCCUGUGAGAAGUGAACAGACCUGGGCACUGAACAUCAAGCGAGGCAUUCUCAGUGUCCUGCAGACAGCUCAAGAAUUCCCUGUUGGUGCCAUUGUUGAGGAGGUGGAUGUCCUGGGAAUAUGCCCAACCAGGUAUCAGCAAAAGGGUUCCAUUCUUGUAAAGACAAAGGACUUAAACCUCUGCUCCCAUCGCUCUUCUGGUUUGACUUCUGUGCAGUCUGUUGUUCUUCCUCAUGCAUCAUCUGAACAGCAGAUCCUGUCCUCCCAGCUGGAAUGUGCCCAGAGCAUUAAGGAUGGGGUCCUGCAGGAGGCCAAAUGUACUGAGUCCGACCGAGUGACGCUGUUCCCUCAGCAGGGCAGUGGGGCAGAGACACAGACACAGUCUGCACUCAAACUCUUGCAAGUGGAAACAGAGACACUCUACCAUAAAUGGUACUCUGAGGAUCUGUAUGUGACCAGCAUUCUCUAUGAAAGGGAGGUGACUAAGAGGGAGGUCACUGGGGCAGAAGUGACUGAACUGGUGUGGAAGCUUUGCUUAGCACACAGUGCAAGUUACCAGACUGCAGACCUUUUCAUGACUCUCGUGUUUGAGCUUCGACAUCUUUCUCUUGAGGCCUUAAGAGCACUAUGGCAAAGAUCAUCAUUUAAGUGCAGAGACAACUGGCAACCAUUAAUAGAUGCUCUCCCAUCUUGUGCCACAGAAGCAUGUGUUGUCCUAAUGAAAGACCUCAUCGCUUCUGGAGAGGUUGAGGAAGACAAAGUAGAAUAUUUCUUCUGGUCAUUUACAUUCAUUCCUAAUCCCACCUCAGGCAUGAUUGAAUCUCUUGCUCCUUUGCUGAAGUCACCUAGAGCAAGCCAGAGCUGCUUCUUGGGAGUAACGGCUCUCGUACAUAGGUUUUGUUCAGCUCACAGCUCCUGUGCUAUUGUACCUGCUGUGCAGAGUGUGAUGAGAAUUCUUGGGAAAUUUUUGGGAGGAAACUGUACUGUGCAAGAUUCAGAACAUCUCAGCAAGAUGCAGCUGGUGUUGAAAGCCAUUGGAAAUGCAGGACUUGCAGCAGCUUCGCUGGCUCCUGCUCUGAGCUCCUGUGCUGCCCUGAAGAGCCAUCCCAUGGAAAUCCGCCUCGCUGCUGUCCAGGCCUUCCGGCGCAUUCCCUGCCCUGUCAGGAAUGCUAUAUUACUUCAGUUUUAUCAAGCAACCAGCGAAGAUGUGGAAAUAAGAAUUGCUGCAUAUUAUAUAGUAAUGAAAUGUCCACAUGAAGAGUUAUUUAAACAAGUACAAAAGACUUUGCUGAAAGAAACAUCCAGCCAAGUGGGCUCCUUUGUUUGGAGUCAUCUCUCUCAGCUCCUGGAGACGGAUGAUCCGUUGAAGGAGCACCUUCGAGAUUCUAUUCCUGAUGAAAUUCUUAGCAAAGAUUUUGACUGGGAGACAUGGAAAUACUCAUCAUACUCUGAUGUCACAUUUCACUCAGCUGGUGCAGGUGCAAAUAUGGAAGCAUCAGUGGUCUUUUCUCCUACAUCUUUUCUACCACGAUCAGUCAUGACAAAUUUGACUGUUCACUUUAUGGGACAGGCUAUAAAUCUCCUGGAGGUUGGUGUACGAUUGGAGAAUGCUGAAACUCUUAUAGAGAGGGGUUUUGGGCCGAAAUCUUCUACUUUCAGUGACUAUUUUUUUGGAAACACUAAUGAAGGAAACCACAAGGCAGAAACCCCAGUGGAAACAGCAGAGAAAGUCAAGCAGAGGAACCCAACAUUGAAGCAAUACAGCCCCACUGAUCAUCUUGUGAGCAAGUCUGGCAAGCCAAAGCUGAGAAAAACAAACCGAAAUUGUCUUGGUAGAAAAUACAGUAAGAUGAAUGAGUUAGUCAAAAAGUUCGCUGAGAGAACAGUAAGAAAGAAGGCACUGAAAUGUGAGCUAAGCAUGAAAAUCUUUGGAAACGAACUUAGCUUCUUAGAUUGUGAAGAUUUAAGAAAACAUAUGAAACAUUAUUCCUUAAAUCUGGCUGAGUUGGCAGUCAAACUUCUGAAGGGGCAGGAGAUCCAGUUUAAUAAAAGGAUGAGUUUGGCCACUGAAGAACUGCAGUUUCCAGCAAUUUCAGGCUUUCCUAUUCAACUGGCAAUCAAUGCCUCAGCGGCAAUCAACAUAAAAAUCAAAGGGAAUGCAGACUUCAAACAGCAGUCCAAUUUCUUUCUAAAUGGAUAUAUCAAGCCAAGUGCAUUUGUCCAGCUUUCUGUCCAAAUGGGAAUUGUGGGGACUCUGGGACAAGCUGGCCUGAAGUGGUUAACAGGAAUGAGAACAUCUACUAGUCUUGAUGGGGGAAUCCAGGUGAAGAAAGGGAAAGAGCUCAAAGUUUUCUUAAACACUCCAGAAGAAUCUAUGGAGAUAAUUAAUUUCAGCUCUAAACUCUACUUCAGAAUGGUGGAUGAGACAGAAGAUAUAGAUGUCUUCCAAGAUCACACAGAAACCAGAACUUGCACUAGGGAGGAAGUGUCUGAGAUUAUCGGCUGGCAGCUGUGUUCUGAAAUGUCCUAUCCUGACCCAGCCAGUGGUUUGGUUUUCCCCCUCACUGGACCUUUGAGAGUGGCUGUGACAUUAACUAAGCAAGACAGAGGCCUGCAGCAGUACGUGGUGGAAGCUGCCUAUGACUGUAUAUCUCAGGAGAAUUCAUGGAUCCCAAGUGAAGCUGUCUUUCACUUCUUUGUUGGGACUCCAAAGUCAGAUUUGAAAAGAGAUAUUGGUGUUGACAUAAGUUUUAGUAUCCCACAGAAGAAAUUCAGAAUCCAGUUUAUACAACCUAAGAAAAAAAUUGAGAUGGAUGGGAGGAUUGAGUUUUCUAAAAGUUCCCAAGUUGGACACCUGGAGCUGACAGUGGAUGACCAAGAUGUGUAUUACAUUAAGGGAAUGGCAGAUUUGCAGAUGCUGAGUGGAGAGCAGAGAUAUGUGACCCAGCUGGAGGUAAAGCUGAUAAAGCAAAGCAGUCCUGUCAUUUUGUCAGGAAACAUCACUAAACAGCUUGGCAAGAAGAUAGCUUUUUCAUUAUCUCUGAAUAAUUUGUUCAAGGAUGCUGCAUUUCUUUCAGCACUUCUGGAGAAAAAGGUUGAUGAUAAGCUGAGACAGUACUCAUUGGAAGGGGAGACUCACCUUCCAGGUGUUCUUGGAGUUAAAGCUGUCGCUCUUCUCCAGCAGCGUGAGGGAUUGUGGUCUCAUGGUCUGCGGAUAAAAUAUGGACUCCUAGGUACACUGAAAAACAGAGAAAGAGAGGCAAAAACCCCUUGCCACGAGUGCAGUACACAGCAGAAAGUUCAAGUGGAGAUGGGUGCACAGGGCUUGUACAGACUGGAGCUGGACCAUCGGUUUCACUGUGUGCAGGCUCCCACCUACAGCCACCAGGUUCACCUGAAACAUGAAGUGUGUGCAUCUUGGAUUUCCUCCCAGAUGGAAGUAAACUAUGGGAAACACUGGGAUGAAAUAAACAACAAGAAGAAACUGCUGAUCAGCCAAGCCUUAAAGAACAGUUCCAGUUCAUCUGUAGUGAGCUAUUUCAUGGAGUUUACCAUGCAAGUCCUGGAAAAACAGGUGAAUUAUAGAACCCAGCUGCAGCACUUGCACACCUCUCAGGUGUAUUUGCAGAGCAGCACCAACUUUGAGGUGCAGUAUAAUGACCAUGUACCAUUUGUGGCUGGGCUGCACUGGAAGGAUGCAUCCAGAAAUGGCCUGAAGAAGUGGGAAGGUGGGUUCAAUAUAGACACCCCAUGGCUCUAUCUGUACACAGCUCACAAACUGCACCAGCCUCAGCAUUCUGCUUAUUUACUGACAUCUGAGCUGACAGCUGGAAAAGCUUUCUCCAUUAAAAACCUUGUACUGGAACUAUUCUAUAACGAUCAAGACAAUGAGAAGGAAGGAAAAGUUCACAUUUACACACCAGCUACCACAUACCUGCAGGCAUCCACAGUUAAUCAUAUUGGGAGGAAUGUUCUGCACAGCUAUAGUGAAAUGAUCUCUCUGUGGAAUCAGCUUGUGAAGAAUGAGAUUCAUUUGGAGAAUAAUGAACGAGCCAAACUUCUCUGCUUUAAGAUAAAGAGUACAAAACAGGAAUUUAACUUCACAGCCAGCUAUCAGAAUCUGCCAACGCCUAAGAAGACGAACAUUUCUGUGAAGAUUGUAUGGAGAGAUUAUAAAAGUCCUCCUGUCAUACUGCAGUGUGAAGGUCAGAUAAAAGAGCUGAGGAAGGAGAAGAUGCUCUAUCAAAAACGUGCAACCCUCCAUUUCAGGCAUCCUUUUAAAAUGCUCUUUCUGCAGAGCUUCCUUCUGCAGGAGACAUUUACUGUUGACAAAAAGCAAAAGCAUUAUUUCAUGGAAACAAAAGUUUUGAUAAAUGGAGUGGAGGAAACAGUUCAGACUCUUAUACUUGGCUACCAACCUGAAAACCCCUAUAUUUGUGCUGGCUUAACUCAUCCUUAUAACUACAGGAUGUUUCCCAAAGAUGUUGAAAUGUGCAUUUUAACUCUAAGUCAUCAAAAUGUGAAGUAUGAGCUUGAGACUGUCUUAAAAGUGAAUAAGGAAGAUGUUCUCAGUGUUCUAGGGAGGUAUCAGGACAAAUCCAGUGAGGCAGAUUUUAGACAUCUUUUACACAUGGAUGUGGCACACUCAUUCCAGCUUGAGUUUCCACAAGCAAUGGGCCUAAGUGGGGAGCUGUUUUCCAGGCAGACUAAACCGGAACACUUUGACAGUGGUGUGAGUGUAAAAGUCAUCAUCAACAAGAAUGUGUCUUCACAGGUCCAGGCUCAGGCAGCCCUGAAGAGUUAUGGUGAAAACAAUGUCAAUGGCUCCCUUUACCUUCAUUCCAAUGGAAGGGAAAUGCUGAUGCUGGAGGUCAAUGUGAACAAUGAAAACAGGAGGAAUGCCAGAAUUGUUGAACUGAGGGCUUUUCUCCAUCAGACAAUCCUGACAAAUCCAGAAUCAGUACAGUUUCAGCUCAUGGGCAAAAUAUUUCCAUCAAGACUUCUGUUGUCUUCUGGCUUGAAGCUUAAUGAAAAUAGGCUUCACAUGGAUUUCAUGGGAGCCAGGGAGCAGAGAGUUGGUUUUGUUUUGUCCCUAAAUGGAAGAGUCCAACACACUUUUACUGGAUUAAAGGCCAUACCUCAUCUCCUUUCUCUGGAUGGAUUACUGAAGUGCAAAAACAACGUUCACAAUGGUAACAUCAAUGUGAUGGUCAACAAAAGACUGUAUGGACUGCAUGUCAGGAACAGGAAUGUGUUUGGGAAUACCACUGUGCACAAUAUCACUGUUGCCAUCAUUCAGAAUGGCAGUCAGGCAGUCCCAGUGGAGGCACGACUGAAAGGACACCUGGAACUGAGUAAAGAGAAGAAAAGGGGGCUAGCGAGCUUCCAGGUGGAUGAGAAGGCUCUUUCUGUAGAGUUUUUCAAUAUCGUGGAUCAUGGGCAUGGCAGAGUCAGUGGGGCUUUCACACAUAAUGUCGACUUUUUAAAAAAUGCAGGGUUGCCUUUGGAUGGCAUUCUUACUGCCACGUGUGAGCAUGGCACAGGAAAUCACACCAUUGCCAUAGCCCUGGAGAGUGGCAGUGAAAGGAUUGCUGCUGUGUUUGAGGGACACAGACUGGCCACAGAGCUCCCAACAUCCCAGCUAUCUGUCAGCUUAAAGCACAACAUCUCAAAGAUAAAGAAACAUGGGAUCCCUUUUGUUUUAGAAGCUGCUGGCUAUUAUGAGAAUUUCUCCAGAAAGAUUGCUGCAGGGAUGACAGCCACAGUGGAAACAGAGCAGCUCAAGAUCGCAAUAGAGAAGAAAACCACUGACACUGCCAUGGAAAUUUCUCUUUCACUUCACCAUGAUGUGGGAGGACUGACAGACAUUGUUCCAUGUGUACUAGAGACUCCAGCAAGACUUUCACUGAAUGGGUCAAUAUUUACCAGCAACUUUACUGUCAUCCUCUUUGGACAUGUUUCUUUUCAUGAUGGAUUUGCCUGCCUGCAGCUCUAUGCCACCACUAACACCCAUCCUCAUUUAGAAAUCGACUUCCAGCAUUCUUUGCUUUCACUUCAUUCUCUGGGAAUUGCCAGAGAAAACCAACUGAAGGUGUCAGCCAUGAGAAGUGACAAAUACAAGGGCAUCCUUGGUAUUGUCCUUGGGCCUUGCACUUUGGAAGCUGAUGGGGAAGUGACCCUGGCAAGCAAUGAGACAGGAUGGGUACUUGCUUUUAGAAACAAGUGCAUCAGUCUAGAGAGGAUGGGAUUGCCUCGUGUUGCAGUCUUGGGGGGCUCAUUUCGACAGAACGUCUGCAAUGUGGGCUUGUUAAUGAACCUGCAGUGUGAUGGCAGAGCAGUGGAUGUGCAGAUAGACACCUCCUGCCAGCAUGAAUAUACACUUCAAGGGAUGCUCAGGCACUCACAUCCCUGGCUCAGCCAGCUUGGGCUGCCUUUUGAAAACUCUGUCCUGAUCUCUGCAGCCACAGGCUCCACCACAGAGGGCAUUUUCCUGCUGCAGGCUGGCAGAUGCAGACUGAGGGCUAGAGGUGAUCUCUGUGUUCAGAAUAAAGCUGACUGGACACUGGAAACAGAAACAGAAUGUCAACUUCUGCAGGAUCUCAAUUUCCCAAGUCAGUCACGGCUCACAGGAUCCAUUCAGAAAGACAAGUGCCAGGCAGAGCUGUUCUCUGUUCUGGAAACAGAAGGCAAAACUGCCCAUCUUGAAGUGAGAGCAGAGUGCAAGCCAAAGAUGACUCUGGAAAUUCAAUUCAGGCAUGACCUCCCCCAGCUGAAGGAAAUCCCAAGGGAAAAUGAGCUGUCCAUCACUGCACGGAAACACUUAAAAUAUCUUAUUGGAGUUGGAAUGAAAUUGGGUGCCUGUGAGCUUCAAAUGAAUGGGGACUUUGACCCUGAAAAGAGCCUUCAGUGGAAAAUGCUUAUAGAAAACAAAUGCCAAACAAUUCAGGAUCUUGGAGUACCAAUGAAAAUUGAUGGCUCAGGCUACCUUUUGAUGGAUAAAAUGAACCUAGAUUCACAGACGCUGAUCACUGUUGAUGAAAAUAAAUUCCGAGGACUCCUUAUACUAAAAGUCACUGAUGAAAGGCAAGAGCUGGAUGCUGUGCUAACCCAUAAUAUCCAAGAAGCUGCUGACAUUGGCAUUCCCAUGAGGAUGUUACUUGAUGUGAUAUCAGAAAAAAACAGUGACUUCUAUAAAGGAUUUAUUAAUUUCUGUGUGAACAACAAACAAAUUACAGAAGAACUGAACUUUGUCCAGAAGUUGGAUGUUGUGUCUCUUAACUACAAGCUUACUCAUAACAUAGAGACAUUGAAGACUUUGCAAAUAAAAGACAAGAUUGAGUUGCAGGCUAUCUUGAAUGUCAAAGUCACUAGAAGCUUUAGUUUGAAAGUGCUCUAUGGUGCUCACCUAAUAGUUCUUGAAGGACAAAUCCAGGAGUUUGAAACAAGUACCAACAUAACAGGGAAUUUCCAUCACUCUUUGCCAUGGCUGCUACAAGCCAGAGUCCCAUCAUCUUUACAGAUAGAUGUGGUUUUUCAAGGGCGAAACACUACUCAAGAGAGAUAUGUGCACAUUGCAGCUGGAGAAACAUCAGUCACAUACAUAAUUAACUCCUAUUAUGUUGGCCACCAAGUGGAUCUCUUCUGCCAGAGUGUGCACAGCAGUGAGGUACUCCAGGCAUCUGGCUAUCCUAAGGCAAUUGACUUGAUUUUCAGUUUCCAGAAAUCAGAAAACAAAGCCAAGACUGUCUGUGAAAUCCAAUAUGAUGAGAAAGAUGUAACUGUGACUGUGGAUGUUGACACAGACUUUGAACUCUUUGGUAUAUUUGUGUUCAUGGCAGAGGUGAAGCAUUCAAUAUCACUUCUCCAUCACCUCGGACUUCCCUUCUUUCUUAAGAUGACAAUUCAAGAAGUCAUGACUGAAAAUGAAACUGAAGGUGCUCUGAGGCUGACCUGUGAACAAAACAAAAACUUCUCCUUUUCCAUCAGUAGAAAAAAAGACCAGCAAGGUGAAGAGUUGAGUAUAAAAGCACUCCAGAAUCAUCCCUUCUUUCUACAAUACUUCCCCUGUGCAGCAGAGCUGUCUUCUAAGGUUAAUUAUGAUAUGAGUGAAGCAAAAGGCAAACUCUACCUCAGGAUGGAAAAAAGGGAUUUCAAUGUUUCAGCAAAGCUAACUUUGAUGGGAAGCAGCUUCACUAAUGCCAUUGAAGUGGCACAGACCAUGGCCCAGUUAAAAAUUCUUCCAAGGCAGCUUGUGUUUAUGACAAUUUACCAAAAAGGCAACAGAACUCAUCAGCUAAGGCACAUUGCCCUGUGGGAUGGCAAAGAGAUAAAGCUAACAGGCACUUACACUGGACUCUUCCCAAAGCUGCCUGGAGGUCAUGGCAUGCAGGUGGAGCUUCUCCAUCCUCUCUCCAUCCCUUUUCCACAACAUGUCUGGGUCAACUUAUAUAUGAAACAUUCAGCACGCAGUCACCGAGAUGAUCUUACUGUAGUUUGGAAUGAGAAGGACAAGGUAUCAGUGUCAUCUUCUCUGAAGUUUGGAAGACACCGGACAAGCUACAGAGCCACUGUUGCCCACCCAUUUAAUUACACUCUGAAGCAACUGGAGGUGCAUUCCCUGUCAGAAAAAAGGGGCAGAAAGUACAACCAGCAGCUGCAGGUCUCAGGGAAUGCUGGGCAGCCUGCUCACCUCCGGCUGGGCCUGGAAGAUAAAUCCAGGAUGGACAUCACUGCCUGGGGUGGCUGUGUGACACUCUCUGCAGGCCAGCUUCAGAGAAUAUUAAGCAUGGAAAACCUGCAUGCAUGUGGGUCUCUAGAGCAAAGAGCAACAUUGUUUAAUGAAUACCUAGAUUUGAACUGGGAUGACAAAAAAUUCAAACACAAUUUCACGUAUGAGAGAAAUCAACUCUUGUAUCCUGACAAAUUUCAGUUAGAAGUGGUUCUGGAAAAUAUUUUCCUGACCCCAUGUACCAAACAGAAGAUUCUGGGUAAAAUAGAAACCAACUACUGCUCUUGCCUGGAUUACUACACAAGCUUUGAGUUCUGUGACCUUCCAAAUGUAAUUGUUUUAUCUGGAAAGCACCAGCUCAACAAAGAUGACAUCAUUUUGCAGUCAGAGGGCAGAUUCCACCUUGCUGAUCAUGGAAAAGAUGAGGGGUUGAUUGGAAUAUCCAUAAAGAAUCAGAGCACUGCUGAUGUGAAGAACUACUCUCUGGAAAUUGAAGUGAGUUUUUAUUUUAUUUUACUGGCACUGGGGUUUGGUUUUCAAAGGCCUGCUGCCAUCUAUCUCCCAAACAGAUCAGGCACAGGCAGUGACUAUAAAGCAGCAGGCAACACAAAACACUCCUGGUUUCUUUACACGACUGCUCUGUUGAGUAAGUUAAGAGCCUUUGAAGAUAUUUGGCUAGGCCUGACAGGAACUGCUGCUUCCUCAUCUGUCCAGAGCCAAAUCCUGGUGGAGGGGAUUAUUGAUCAGAAAGAGAAAGUAAAAGUCGCUGCUUCAAAAGGAAAGGAGUGUUUUCACUACUACAUGGGGCAUCUGCAAGGGGAUUUGGAAGAAGGAGUGGAACUCAGUGCUUGUUCUGAUGGGCAACAGAUGGCUGCUAUUAACACCUAUCUCAGCAUCAAUGGUAAAAGGCAGGAAAACAUGGGACAAGUGACUCUAACAGCUGCUAAUGGAAGCUUGAGUUUUCUGGCGCGUGGAUGUGGGGAUCCAGUUCUUAAGGUUGAGAACAAGCUUAAUGAAAUUGGGAGCCUUUUGAAAGCCACACUGAUAGAGAAGAUAAAGAAGUUUGAUGGAUACCUGUGGAGAUUCAGGAGAUCAGUGCAGCAUGUUGGUUUCCUGUCUGAAGCAGCUGGCUGGCCUUCAAUGGCCUUGCAAAAGGCAGCAGGAUUCCUGCACAGUGGGGGUACAGCUGUCACCCAGGUGUGGAAGCAAAGUGGAAUCAGGCACAUUCUGAGAAACAGGAUCCCACUUUACCUGGAGAAAAUUCAAGAUGUUGUCCGGCAAAUGCAGAAUGAAUUACAAAAGCCAUUAGCAACUUUGAAGGACGCCUACUACGAUGUAACCUUGAAGCCACUGGAUGAAGUCUGGAAAGAGAAGACAGAAGAGCUCAUGAAGAAAAUCCAGGCUUUCUUACCCAAGAUUGUAAAAGAUGUGUGGUUAAUGGAACCAAUCCAGGUGGCAUUAAAGGUUGUGAAAGCAGGCUUGGAUAUGGCUACACAGCAGGUGCUCAGGUGGGCAGAUGCCACGUUUUCCAGAGCUGUGAGUAAGAUCCGGAAGCCCUUGCUGAACCUGUACAGUUUUUCACCCAGGAAUUGUUUGGUGGCAGGAAAGCUGCCAGUACUGCCUAAAGCAGACCUGUCCCUGCAGCUGGCAAAUGUUACCACUUACCUCAUUGGAGAAAAACUGAUGAGGCCUCUGCAAGACCUCUACAAUCUCAACAUACUUGCAGAAUACUAUAGGUUCAAACGGAGGAUGAUGGAGAGCCCCUUUGAAUAUCAUGCUAUGUUAGUGGGGACCAAGCAUCUUGUGACUUUUGAUGGGAAAAUGUAUGAUUUGGCAUCGAAGUGCAGUGUACUUCUUGCCAAGGAUUUUAUUCACAGUGCUUUCACUGUAAUACUAAAUGAAGAAACUAGGAACUCAAGAUCACUGUAUGUGGAGAUGAACCAGACUGUGAUCACUAUCUACCCACGUCUAAAGAUAUCCAAGAUGUAUAACUUCUCCUCUGGGGAAGAAAACUGCCAAGUCCUGGAUCAAUCCCUUGAAAACAGUACCAUGAAUUCAAGGCGAGGAACCAACAAAAUUGAAGUAUCUGAUCAGAAAGGAGUUUCUGUUUCUUGUGACUUUCAGUAUGAUCUCUGUACUAUCACUCUGGCUGGGUGGCACCAUGGUAUUUCAGCUGGGCUUUUUGGUACCAAUGAUAAUGAAGCUGGAAACGAAUGGAUGGUGCCUAAUGGUUCCUUCACUGACAACGUGCAAGAGUUCACACAGAGCUGGCAGGUGAGUAAGUGCAGUCUCGUACCGAAGAAAGAGAAGCCAUGUCCAAUUACAGCUAAGCAGAACAUCUGUAAAGUGUUCUUUGAAGAACCACGUUCACUUCUUAGGAACUGCUUCAAAGUUGUGGAGCCCGAGCCAUUCUACACCAUGUGUACACAGGACACCUGUGACUCCCCAGCCUUGGGGGCUGCCUGCACUUUAGCAGCAGCUUUUGUUCGUUUGUGCAACCGGAAUUUUGUCCCUGUGGAAGUCCCUCCACAGUGCUCGAGCCAGUUCUGAAGGGCAGAUAACCAGCCCUGAAGAUGGAAGAACCCUUUCAGCACCCAAAACAGAACAUUUAUUUUAGGUAGACAAGCUAGAGGCAAGAACAGGGAGAG